UUCCCGCAGUCGACCGACGAGUGAACGUUACAGAACUAGUGCUUUCGCUUUUUGUGUGUGUACUACAAUCUCUUAGGUUGUGACGACCGUAGCCAGAAUAGAUCACCUACUAGUUCCUUGUGAUCAUAUUAAUGAUAUACCAUGGUGGUUACUACCAAAACUGAAAAUGUGGAAAUCUCUGUUCGUGUGAACGAGAUUUAUUACACAGACUACUCUGAUACUCGAGUUAGGUGAGACAUUUUAUCCAGCACCGUUGCUUUGUAAGUGUAUAAAACAUUGUGAUAAAGCCCAGUGUUUGGAGGUCUAGCAAAGGAACAUUGCCGUAACUGUGAAGGAGAGAAAACGAUCCUUUUCAAGACAUCUACAUUUGUACAUCAAAUUUAUGCCAAGUGAAGCUAAAGAGACGUCCGUCACUCUUGUCUUGAGCGUAAAAACGGAGAAGAUGGCUCUCAUCGAUACUAUCACUGCCUCUCCUCUGCUGAAGUCAUUCGUGGCCGGGUCUUUCUCGGGCACUUGUUCCACCAUCUUGUUCCAGCCAUUAGAUUUGGUCAAGACCCGCCUUCAGACCACCAUUGCAAUACCAUCUGGUGGAUCUGUUGGCAUGCUGGCUACAGUUGGAAAAGUGAUCCAAAAUGAACGUAUUUUUGGAUUGUGGAAGGGCGUGACUCCUAGCAUCUUCAGAUGUGUUCCAGGAGUCGGACUUUAUUUCUCUUCUCUCCACUGGUUAAAAACUAAUUUCUGUGAGGGACAGCCUGGAGCUCUUCAGGCCAUUGCCCUGGGAGUGGUAGCACGUACUAUCACGGGUGUUACAAUGAUACCCAUUACAGUUGUCAAAACUAGAUAUGAGAGUGGCGUGUAUAGCUACACCAGCGUGCGUGAAGCAGUUAGUUCCAUCUAUUUGAAAGAAGGAGCCCGUGGAUUAACCUGUGGUUUACUUCCCACACUUCUCCGUGAUGCACCUUUUUCUGGGCUAUAUCUGAUGUUUUAUACACAAACAAAGAAGCGAGUGCCACAACGUUAUUUGGAGGACAACUUGGCUCCUGCUAUUCACUUCACCAUUGGGGUGUUUGCAGGACUUAUGGCUUCCACAGUCACACAGCCAUUUGAUGUUGUGAAAACUAAGAUGCAGUUGUAUCCGCAUAAAUUCACCUCCCUGUACCAGGCUUGCGUAUAUGUUAAAAAGAAGUACGGGCCACAAGGAUAUUUCAAGGGGCUGGUCCCCCGUAUGCUGAGGCGUACCCUUAUGGCGGCCAUGGCUUGGACUGUAUAUGAACAGAUCACAAAGAGAUUUGGACUGAAGUAAAGCCUGUAGGGAGAAUGGGACUACGGAAGGGUUCCAUGUUGAAAUAUAAGAACAAAAGAGAAGCUAUCCAUCAUCCACAUGCAAAGAUCGGAGAACUUAUCCUUGUGGAACUUCAAUGAUUUCUCAAAGUUUUAAAUUAUAGAGAAUAGUAGAUAUAACUAACAGUUUGUGGUUUGUGACUGUGGAGUACCAUUUGUAUGCUCAGUAUAUUUUGGCUAACUUGA